AUGCCGCAACAGUGCUUCCUCCAACCCCGAUGUACCCCUGGAUACUGCAUCAAUAAAUGGGGAGGCUACUACUGUGAUUGUAGGGCUACAGACUUUGCUGGAGAUCAGUGUCAGAUUCCUGCCUGGACCGGUGUCUUCAAUGGUAGUUCAUAUUACAAGAUGACUUUUCAACCACAGAGAAAAUACCACGUCAAUAAUAUGUCCUUCCGCUUCAAAACAAUGGUCAGUGAUGGACUCAUCUUCCAGACCAAAGCCAGAAAUAAUGAUGGCUUUAUUAGAUCUGAAUUGGAGGGAGGCCGAAUGAAGAUUUCAACCAAUCUAGGAGGGAAAAAUCAAACUUUUUACACUGGGAAAAAUCUUAAUGACAUGCAGUGGCAUACUGUUUACAUACAGCGCCGUGGCAACCAGAUGACUGUGUGGGUUGAUGACGAGGACCAGGAGACUGUAACCCUUCCUGGCGAUGGCUAUCAUUUGUUGGUGGAUGAUAUUUUCAUUGGAGGAUAUAAAAAAGGUGACCUAGACAUUCCACCAUCGACAAAACCAUUUAUUGGAUACCUUCGCAAUUUCUAUAUGGGCGACGACGACAUCUUCCAACGUGUUGGCGCUGAUAACAGUGAGAUUUUUUACCAGGAGAACAAUAUUCCACCGCUGGUUUUCAAUGAUGUCACAUUUCCUAACUACGAUUCACACGCAGUGCUACCUGCCCUUGGGUCUGCAUCAGGUUUGAGUAUCUACUUCCUGUUGAAGACACUUGACCCCAAUGGCGUGAUUGUGUUCAGUGAGGGAAGAAAUAAAGAACUGUUUGCUGUGGAAUUGUUUGAAGGGAGGCUUCAUUUGAAAUUUGACAUUCCUGGAAGACCUGGCCUACACAUGACCACCCCAGACAAUGUUCGCUUCAAUGACGGCAAGUGGCAUUCUGUGUUCAUCCUGCAUGAGAAGGUCAACGGACAAGAACAGUUGAGUAUGGCAGUAGAUGGACUUCAUUCCUCAUAUUCCUACUCAGGAAUUGAUCAACUCAACCUGCAAGGCCCACUGUAUAUAGGUGGUGUUCCAGAAGCUAUAUUUCAGAAACCAAUAGUCAGGGAGUUUCUGUCUUCAAAGACAGGAUAUCGUGGAUGUUUGGCAUCAGUAGAUCUUGGCAGAGACAUUCCUAACCUCUAUGAUUAUGGUCAGAAUACAGGCAUCAUGAACACUUGUCAAAACAUCACAAGCCAGUGUACAAAAACUACUUGCAAGAAUGGAGGAGUUUGCCUUGAUCACCUCAACAAUGGAACAACUUGGUGCGACUGCUCUAAGACAGCAUUUACGGGUCCUGCUUGUGAAGAUGAACCCCUUGGCUACUACUUCCGCAGCGAGGGAAACCCAGAUCAGUAUGGCAUGCUGGUCUAUCGUUAUCCUGCCCUGGAGAUGAAUGAUAAUGAAGUUGAUGAAGUCAUUAUGGGUGUGAUGACAGACGAGAAAAAUGCAGUCCUCACAAAACUUAUCUCUGGAGUAUUUAAUGAUUUUGUUGAAAUUAAAUUGGUAAAUGGUUACCCAGUUGUCACUUAUGACACAAACGGGCAAGGAGCCUCCACCACCAUUACUAGCGACGUGUUGGUCAGUGAUGGUAAUUAUCACGUCAUCAAGUUCCUGAGGACCAAAGACAAGGGUACACUUUCUGUGGAUAGUGGAGUUAGUGUCAAUACACACAGCACUCCACAUGGUGUUUUUGAUCGCUUGAGCAAGAUCUUCAUUGGAGGCAAUUACCAGGGAGGUAGAAUUGUUGAUGGCACCGGAUAUCGUGGAAUUAUUGGAGGAAUGUAUGUGAAUGGGCACCUGAUUUUCCCAUAUGUUAAGGACAAUGUGCGCACUGAAUUCUAUGGAGACGUCAAUCAAGCACCACAUCCUUAUAAAUUAGGACCUCUGAAAACACCUCCUCCUACAGUUUCCUGGUUCACAUUGACUACACCACCGCCCCGCCCAGUUAUUCCUAUUUUGCCUGCUGAUAUUGGUGGUGGUGGCAUUGCUUGGGAUGGUGCUGCUGGUGCAGCCGGUGGUGGUGGAAACAGUGGAGGCAGUGGUGUUAAUGUUUGGAUCUUUCCCGACGGAAGUGCUGGCUCAUCUGGAGUUGUCCCAGCUGGAGGGGCUGCCGGAGCAGGUCCACUGACGUCAGCACAGAUUGCUGUUAUUCCAUCUUUACCAGCUGUAGGUCCUAGGGCAGGUGCGGUUAUGGGAACCAUUCUUGGACUUGCUAUGUUUGCCAGCAGCUUGAUGUGGGCCUUUUACAGGUGCAAGCCCGGGUGGUGUACAUGUCUGAAGCCACCGGUGGAAGCUCCACUGACCAUCUCCACUCCUCGAGCAGGAAGCAAUAUGGGAGUCGUUGCUGCUGUCAACAGUGCAGGAACUGGGGCUGGGGGCAAGCCUGUAGCAGGGUUAGACUUUGUUGACAGUGGUGUUGUGGCAGGCAAUGUCAGACCUGGUGGAUUAAGUGCAGGUCACGCUGGUGGAGGUGGAAGUGGUGGAGCCUACUUCUACUCAUCGCAAGCAUCCUCAAAUGCUAAUCUCCGCAAUGAAAGCUUUGAUUCAGCCACUCUCAGAGCUACAGGCACAUUUUCUAACAAAGGGACUGCCAUCGGAACUCCAAGAACUGGCCGCCAUCAGUUUGCUUCAACAUCAGCCAGUGGUUUUGAGUCCAGCACUGUUCUGACCCCAGCAUCUCUACAGUCCUACCAUUUUGAGGGAGGCCAUGCAGAUCCUGACUAUGAUCUGGCAUCAGGUGUUCAUCCCAGCUACCAGGGCAACACGUUAACUGUCGGUGGCGGAGGCGGUGGGUUCUCAUCCUCUACCAUGUCAUCCAGUUACAAUUACACAGUGAAGACCAUACGGACAGUUGGUGGACAGAAACAGAUGAUGGGUUAUGCAGGGGGUAGCACAUCCAACGUGAUAGUGACCCCUGGUGCCAUGGGUGAGGAGAUCCGGGUAGACUGCUGCCUAAUGACCGGUGAUGGACACAGCGUGGUGACUGGUUCAAGCUUGGGUCCACCUCAAGUCUGGAAUAUGUCUAAUGGAGAACUGCUCCGCAUCAUGCAAGGGGAGACAGUUGGAUCAACAAACCUUCAUUUGGUGUGUAACGACCGUCUUUUAGUGGGUGCAGUAAAUGCAGACCUGGAGAUAAAUCAGUACUCAGUUCCCAAGGGUGUCCAUAAUUAUGUAUUCCAGAUUUGGGACUUUGCUUCUGGCCACCCACUUGGCAUGGCAGACAAUGAAACCUGCUCGGCAUUGACGGUGAUGAGUGACAAUGACAAAGUGGUUUUUGGCCGCUCUGACAAAUUUGGUGGCGGCACCAACAUUGUUGUCUGGGAUCUUCUGGGAAAUCAGCCAAUCAAAGAAAUGAGAUAUGAUGCGCCUGUUGGCAACAACGAUUAUAUUAAUUACCUCAGUUUAUCACAGAAUGACAGAUAUGUGAUAGCAGGUUUCACAAAUUCAUUUGACAACUUGGCUGAGUUUGUGAUCUUUGAUAUGACUUUGACUUCAUAUGGCAUAUCAGACCCACACAUUCUCCGUCUGGAUGCCAACCCAGAAUGCACUGCCAUUCUUCCUCAAGACGAGGCUGUGACAGGACUGAGAAAUGGAGAUCUGGUAGUGUGGAGCAUCAAAUCUGGUCAGCCAAGUCGGCAACUGAUGUCAACCAAUGGCAAACACGCUCACUCAAGGGAGGUCAAGGCUGUGGCAAGGUCAGAGGACAAUAAAUUCUUGGUGUCUGCAUCAGCUGAUGGCACCCUCAAAUUGUGGGACCUGGAUUCAGAAAGAAAUAUCUGCACUAUGUCUGGACACAGUGAUGAGGUCUGGUGUGCUGCAAUUUCUUCAGACAAUGAAAUUGUCGUGUCCUGGAUCCAGAGAUGGAACCAUCCGUCUGUGGCAGCUACGUAA